AUGUCGACUAUAGAUUUCCAUGCUGGAUUGACCAGUCCUGAUGCUGAAUCUCUGCGUUCAUUCACGGAGACGUUACCGGACGAGUAUCACGAAUGGGUCUCUGAAUCGGGUCGAUCUUCACGAAAUGGUCAAAUCCUGGAUGAUUUUCCUCAACCGCCGAUUCGGAAUCAAAAUCUCGACGCCAUAGCCGAAGAGACAGUCUACCCCACUCCCAGGACUUCUAUCAAGAAUAUGCGACGAACCGUGACAACAAAUGAGCUCACCAUGGGUAUGGGCAUCACAACUGACCUCCCUCUGCUCCAACAAACGAACCCUUAUGAGGACGCUGAAGAGUUCCACCCCGUCAACGAGGAAGGAGCUGAAGGCGCUUCCUAUGACUUGAUUGCGCCUUUUGAAGGCGACGAGGCGCCACUCCACAAGCUGGAGCGGGUCUCCGAUGUCAUGUUCGGCACUGAGCACAUGUUACAUAUUCUGAACAAUCCACGCUACCUGGCUCGUUUUCGCGAAUUUCUCCUAGAAGAACGGCCGCGAUCUAUCUCGACUCUUACCUACUACCUCAACGCGACCAAAGCGCUCAAGGCGAUCGAAUUCGCCAAUGCGCUCGUCCGCUUAUCCGUUGAUGUUCCCCCUGCCGCUAUUACGAAUGUUCAAAAGGACAGUGAAGCCGUGGGUGUCACCGUGAAUAAAGCUCUGGAACAACGAGUUGAAGAUGGACUGCGCGCUUUGACAGCCGAGGAACUUCCCGCGUUCAUCACAUCUAGGUGCAUCACUAUCACCAGCAAGAUUGUUGAGGAACGGGUUCGAGGUACACUGCCAAUGAAGUUUCGAGAUACAUCAAAUGCGUUAGCGGAGGUCUUUUGCCUGACGGAUCCGACACGGCCUGAUAAUCCUAUCAUUUUUGCAUCGGAAGAGUUUCAUCGAACAACACAAUAUGGCAUGGACUAUGUUCUGGGGCGUAACUGUCGAUUCUUACAAGGGCCGAAGACAAAUCCAAACAGCGUUCGACGUCUUCGAGAAGCAAUUAAAGAGUGCCGCCAUCAUUCGGAAUUGUUCCUCAACUAUCGCCGCGAUGGCUCUCCAUUCAUGAACCUUCUCCAAUGUUCUCCUCUCUGCGACAGCCAAGGUCGCGUGAAGUACUUUAUCGGUGCACAAAUCGACGUGUCAGGAUUAGCACUGGAUGGUGCGCAGAUGGAGUCACUGAUCGAACUGCAAUGCAGAUAUCGGAAUGCAGACGAGGAAAGCGUGGCAGAGAUGCCUGAACUCAAACACAAAGACGAGUUCCAGGAACUAUGUGAACUCUUCAGUCCUCGCGAAUUGAACUCGGUUCAAGAGCAUGGUGGCGACCUCUUCCAGCCAUCUCACAACAGGGCAACGAUGAGGGGCCAUAGAACUUGGCUCCAGCGUGGCGGCUCAAGUGGUGGUGUAUCAAUGGACAGCGAGACGGAAGCGAUUCGUCUGCGCGAUAUGAAGUCGCCAAUGCGAAGUGGUGCUCUUUCCGGUGUCUAUGAGAACUAUUUGCUUGUUCGGCCAUACCCUUCCCUUCGCGUCUUGUUUACCUCGCCGUCUCUUCAAAUCCCCGGAAUGCUUCAGUCAUCGUUCCUUUCUCGCAUUGGUAGCUCUGCUGCUGUCAAGGAGGAGCUUGUCGAGGCAAUGAUGCACGGACGCAGUGUGACAGCACGUAUCAAAUGGGUCACUCGCUUCAACCCCGAGGGUCGCAAUCGCUGGGUUCACUGCACACCUCUGAUUGCCAGUAAUGGAAAAGUAGGAGUUUGGAUGGUGGUAAUUGUGGACGACGAUGAGGAAACACUCAUCAACUGGAGGAGUUGA